AUGCGCAUAUCAUCACGCCACCUCAGCUCAUACACCUGGCUCAACAGCCUCAGAGCAUCCCAGCUGCAGCGCAUCGCCCAAGCAACGGGGAUUCAGUCCUCAGGGACAAAGGCAUGUCUCAUCGCCCGCUUGAAGGAGGAGCUGCCGCAGCGAGAACCAGAGAAGCAGACUAGUACAUGCGCACGCACAAGCCCAGGCACAAAUACAGGCGCGAUGAGUAUCCUGAGCAUCGACAUGGGGAUUCAGAACCUCGCAUACGCGCAUCUUCUUGUCCCGCGCGAUAGCCAUACAGCUACCGCCGGGACAGUAGUGAAGCUAAACGCAUGGCGCCGGCUAGCCGUCUCGGACGCAUUACUUGACCCAGCCCCUGACUCCCUGGGGAAGAUCGAAGGGGGACGUGCAUCCAAUGCAUCGAAGCUCCCAGGAAAGGUGAAAGAGAAAGAGAAACAUACAUUCUCCCCAUCCGAGUAUGCGCGCACGGCGUACGCGCUCGUCACGGGCUUGCUGCACGCGUACCGGCCCAGCCAUGUACUCAUCGAGCGGCAGCGGUUUCGCUCGGGGGGUGGGAGCGCGGUGCAGGAGUGGACGCUGCGGGUGGGUGUGUUUGAGGGGAUGUUGUAUGCUGUUUUGCAUGCGCUGGGACAGGCUGGGGAGGGAGCAGAGGCGGGGAUGCGGCCGGUGGUGCUGGGUGUUGAGCCUAGGCGGGUGGGGGCGUAUUGGGAGGGUCGGUUGGGAGUGGAUGUGGACGCACCGAAGAAGAAGAAGGCUUCGUCGAGGGAAGGGAAGAAGAUCAAGAUCAAUCUGGCGGGGGAGUGGUUGCGUGCUGGGAUGGGAGGCGAGGAGGCGGGCUCGGGGUCGGCCUCGGGCUCGCCGUUUCAGUUGUCUGUCGCGGAUGAUCCUGAGCUUCGGGCUCUGGUCGAUGCGUAUUUGCGGCGGUGGGCUAGCAAAUCGAAUCCUGGGAGGUCAGUAUCGAGGGCUAGGGCUAAGGCCGAAGGGCAGGCUGCGGUAGAGGAAGACGGGGCUGUGGUUGAACCCCCGGAUGUACGCAAGAUGGAUGACCUGGCGGAUUGUCUGGUCCAGGGUGUGACUUGGUUGGAAUGGCAGGCUAUGAGGCAGCGGAUUUCGACAGAGGGGUUGGAUGCCGUCUUGCAGUUGGAGAGUGGAAAGCUUUGA